AUGAGCUGGAUGGACUCAUGGUCGCGGCCCGGAAAGUCGCAAGCAACACCGGCGCCAUAUUACCUUCUUCCGGGUGGCGAGUCAACGCCCUAUUGCCGGUCGUGCGGCCGAGUUAUAAGCUCACGCCGCGCAAACACCGCAGCUGCGCAUGAUUCCAAUAGUAACGUGCCGAGUUACUGCUCCCAGCGCUGUCGCAACACCAAGCCUCGGAAGCUGGAUCGCGAAAUCGAAGCUACGUUCGUGCACAUGCUCUCCGGCGGAAACGGCGACGGUGCUGGUCAAGUUCACCAGGAUGGGAAGGCGAAAAAGCGCUUGGUUAAAGGUGAUCCGCGCGUCAUUGUCUCCUGUGAUGAAGUAGAGACUGCUAUGUUCGGGGAUCAUGCGGACCCGGACAAGACGUUCGGACGAAGGAAGAACCGGGCCUCGAGAGUCCUCCCAGCGACCUCCAACGACGGGACGGAAGGGGAUGGUGCCGCUACUAUAGGAGAACCAGUAGAGGAUGGCGAUAGCGCCGUAGGUCUCGACGAUAACGAAGACGACUCAUCGAAAGACGGCGACAUCCUAGCACGCAUGGCAGUACGAAGCGGGACUCGAAUCCGACCGCCGCAGACCCUGUCGCAAGUCAACGGCAGCGUAGGCGGAGAAAAGGGACGAGCGGAGCGGAGCGAGGAGACGGAAGAAAACACGAAGCGGAGGCUCGAAGGGCAGCGCAAAGCGCAGCAGCGCGAAAUGGUCCGCAAUGCCGCGCGCAGGGGCGUCGUCUUCGGGUUCGCCGCCGCAGCUCCGAGAAAAUGCGAGGCUGUCAUGCAAGGGAAAGUCGUCGAGCCAAGUUUCGCGAAAGGCGACUGGGGAAUAAGGUGGAGAGAGUGA